AUGGAAUUUGUAUCAGAUUAUGUUUUAGUAGAUCCAACUCAUGAAAAGAAAUUAGAGUGGAUCGACGAGAAGGAAUUGGACUAUAAGAAUACCAGUGCCAGUUCAUCGCUGUAUGGAAAAGUCAGUUCCAAAUUGGACUCGGCCACUUGUUUGUUGGAUAUCUUGGACACAGCAGGUCAGGAGGAGUACUCGGUGAUGCGUGACCAAUAUGUCAGAACCGGUGAUUGCUAUGUCAUUGUCUACGAUGUCACCAACCGUAACUCAUUCGAGGAGGUCGAACCACUGCGAAGACAUCUCGAGCGUGUCAAGGACAGCGAUUCGAUCCCAGUGAUUGUCGUCGGUAACAAAAUCGAUUUGGAUUCACAUCGUCAGGUCAGCAGAGGCGAGGGUGAAGCGUUGGCUCGCCGUUUGAAGUGUCUCUUUAUUGAGACAUCGGCCAAAACCAGAAUCAAUAUCGAAGAUGCAUUCUUCGAGGUCGUCCGUAUCACCCCACGUUCUCGUAUGGAGUACAAAGUGGUUGUCAUCGGUAGCGGUGGUGUCGGUAAGAGUGCAAUCAUCAUCCAAUUCAUUCAAGGUCAUUUCAUUGAGGAAUAUGAUCCAACUAUUGAAGAUUCAUAUAGAAAACAAUGUACAAUUCAUGGAUUAAAACCAAUUGUAUCAACUUCUACAACUUCAAGCUCAUCUAGUGGUAGUGGUGGAUUUUUAAGUAAAUUAUUUGGAAGCAAAUCUUCCAAAGAACCAAAACCAAAGAAAAAUCACGAAGGUGAAGUUUCUACAGAAGCGUUGGAUGUCAAUGUGUUGUGUUCUUCGAUGUCCUCAUUGACUUCAGCAGUUCCAAUGAUGACAGGUGAUGCAAUCAAGUGUUUCGGUUGCAAUGUUAUUCUCAAUCGUUAUUCCAAUCUCAAGAUGACAGGUACCAACACCUACAAUUGGGAGUGUGAAUUCUGCAAGCAAGUCAAUGAGAAUCUCAGAAUCGAUAAAGAAGAGAUUCCAGGUAAGGAUUCCGUUGAGUAUAUCUUGUCGGCACCGAAUGUCAGCGAGCACAAAAAGGAAGAAUCCAUCAUUGUCUAUUGCAUUGAUGUCUCUGGUUCGAUGGGUAUCACCACUGAGGUGCCACAACUUCAGAGCGAAUGGAAGAAUCUCAGAAACAAAGGAUCGGCACCAUCCGGUCCAUCUUACAUCUCCAGACUGGAGUGUGUCCAAUCAUCGCUUCCAACGAUGUUGGACCGUCUCGUCAUUCAAUGUCCAAAUCGUCGUGUCGUUCUGAUCACUUUCUCCGACGAGGUUGUCAUUCACGGUCAAUCGGCAGAAGAUUCCAUCACUAUUGCCGGUGACAAGCUCGAUGACUACGAUGAGCUCAUCCGAUUGGGAACCAGUAUGAAAUCAUACGCAUCGCUUCCAACCGUCAAAGAAGCCAACGCUCUACUCAAGCAGAGAAUCAAAUCGUUGGAGCCAGUGCAAUCGACUGCACUCGGUCCAUCACUCUUGAUUGCCGCUGCCAUUGCUUCACAGCGUCCACUCGGUGAAGUGGUAAUCUGUACCGACGGUAUGCCAAACGUCGGAUUGGGAGCGAUUGAAGAUCUUCCAUUGGCUCCAGCUCGUGCAUUCUACGAAGCGGUCACACAAUACGCAAAGAACAAUAAGACCUCGGUCAGCAUCCUCGGUAUCAGUGGUUGUGAGAUCGAUCUCGGUGUGAUUGGUCGUGUCGCCGAAGAUACCAAAGGUACAGUCACCACUAUCCAUCCACUGGAGAUGGCAAGAGAGAUUCGUAAACUCACUCAGAAUCCAGUGGUCGCCACCGAUGUCGAGUUGAGCAUCGUCCUCCAUCCACACCUGGAAUUCACUCGUUACGACUCCAAAGCGAAUCUCAGUCGUAUCGUGAAGGAGUUUUCCAAUGUCACCGAGCAGACCGACCUCACUUUUAUGUUUGGACUGCGUACUCGUGUCACUAAAGAUGUCCAACGUGAAUAUCCAUUCCAAACACAAAUUCAAUACACCCGUCUCGACGGCAUGCGUUGUCUGCGUGUCAUCUCCUCGCAGAAACUGACCACACAGAAACCAAAGGAGGCAGAAACCAGUGCCAAUCUGAGUUUGCUCGGAAUGGCGGUCACCCAGCACUGCGCCAAGAUCUCGGAUCAAGGUGACUUUGUAAUGGCGCGUCUCUUCUUGAAGGCUGGUUCGCGUCUAAUGGAACGUAUUCGUAGUACCGACGAGCAGUUCGAGGAGUACUACAACUUCUCAGUGUUGAAGAGCGAGUUGGAGGAGGCAAUCAUCGAAUGCCUGCGUAACCGUGACAAGAAGGUCGAAAAGGUAUCGGAUGAAACCACCAAAGUUUUCUACAAGAUGAAGAGUACUCAUAAAGCAUUGGUGCUAAGUGGUGCAAAGAAAGAUAUCUCGAAAAGAAAGGGUGACUCUGAACUCAAUCGUCAAUAUUACAACAUUGUUUUUUAA